AUGAUAUCUACAAAAGUGGGAGAGUCAAUCCCUCCAAAUACCAAACAUGCAGUCUCUGUUUGUCUGCCAACUUGGAAAGCUACAAUCGGCUACGAGGAAGGAGACCCAGAGGUCGUAGAUAGCAUGACCACAGGAUAUCCACGAUUCUUUAUUCACAAAUCUGUUCAAAAACUGUGUAGCAGUUUAACAGCGAAGUUUGCAAAGGAAGACGAGACUUGCUUGGUAUUUCCAAGCUAUCAGGUGGCUAAGAGAUGCAGAGAAUUCGUCAGAAUCAAGGGCGACGGCUCUCCACGGGUAAGAAUCUUACAACUUGCCACUCCCCCUCCAGCAACUGACGAGGAGCGUUCUUGGCGACGCGAAUGUCGAAUUUCUGUUGUUUUUGUUCCGAAGGCGUCUUUCGGGCUUCUCAAACAAUACUGGCAACACACUGGCGAAAUUGUCAGCAGCAGAAUGGCAGAGUACGUUUUGCAAGAGUUGUCGUUGGUCGAGAAACAAGAACAGGUUCGUAAGCCUCUACUCGAUGUCAAAGAGGCAAGCAGUUCAGAAAUCAAAGACGAGGAAGAUUUCAUCGAGAAAAGGUUUGGGAGAAACUUGGACUUCUCCUCCGCUGAAAAGGCCAAACUUGUGAUCAAGAGGAGAAUCGCUCGUAAGGUUGUCGACGUUGAUGUCGAGGAGGACGAAACCGCGCAGAUGCAAGAACUUACAAUUCAAGCUGCGAACGAUGAUAACGAAGGGACUGCUAUGGUAACAUCGCAGGACUCCAGCAUACCUGCAGAGCCUAUCCAGCAAGAAGAACACACAUCCGAGCCCGUACGAGUGCAGGAGAGAGUGCAGGUAAAUGCAGAACGGGAUAUUUAUCUCUUUCCCAGUGGUAUGGCUUCUAUAUUUACCGCCCACAGACUUUUGCUGUCAUUGGACUCGUGCCGUGUACGUCGGAGACCAACAUCUCAGGGAGAGCGGAAUGAUAUCAGUGGUUAUUCGUCGCCUAGUAUCGGGGCCUCUGACGCGGUGGGUUAUGGAGCUCCUUAUAAAAAGACUGUCAUGUUCGGAUUUCCCUAUACCGAUACCUUGUCAAUUUUAAAGAAAUUCAACCACACUCAUUUCCUUGGAGACGGAGACUCGAGCUCCAUGGAACAGCUAAGAGAAAUCCUGCAUUCCGGCGAGCAAAUACUUGCCGUGUUUAUGGAGGCACCAUCAAACCCCUUGUUGAAAAUGGGCGAUCUACGAGAGCUACGAAAUCUGGCGGAUGCAUAUGGGUUCUACAUCGUGGUGGAUGAAACGGCAGGCGGUUUUGUUAACAUAGACGUGUUGCCAUACGCGGACAUGGUGUGUUCCUCACUGACCAAGAUCUUCAGUGGCGAUUCUAACGUCAUGGCCGGGUCUUUAGUGCUCAAUCCCAGAUCGCCAAUGUACGCAUUCGCGCAACAAUUUUUCCACAAUGGAGACUUCGAGGAUCUAUUGUGGUGCGAAGAUGUAAUAUACCUUGAGCGUAAUUCCAGAGAUUUUGUUUCAAGAACAUUGACGGUAAACGAGAACACUAAGCAAUUACUCAACGAUGUAUUGCUUCCACAAGUGGGGAAACUUUUCAAAAAGAUAUACUAUCCAAAUUUGACAUCGGAAGAGACCAAAAAGAACUACGACAUGGUAAAAUACGCGAAAGGCGGAUAUGGUGGGCUCUUCUCGUUGACGUUUUUCAAAGAGCCCCAAGCGCAGGUAUUUUUCGAUGCUUUGGAGCUGUGCAAGGGCCCAUCUUUGGGCACUAAUUUCACGCUGGCGUGUCCUUACGCGAUUCUGGCGCACUACGCAGAGCUGGAUGAAGUGGCGCAGUGGGGUGUGGAGCGGUCCUUGGUUCGGGUGAGCGUUGGGCUCGAGAGUCCGCAAGCGCUGAAGGACACAUUUUCCAAAGCUGUCACCGAAGCACUAAAAACCCCUGAGUAA